GAUCAAGAAAAAAGGACAGAGAUCGGAAAAAAAAGGGGAAGGAAAAGUGUUACUAGGGUUUGCUCUGGUUCCGGGAAUUCCAAGCCGGAAACUUGAAUAAGCUUAUCUGUGUCCCGUUGUCGCUUCGGCUGUUCCGGUGUCCUGUCUCUCGGUCUUCUUUGUGAUCGUGUUGGAUUUUGGAAUAGAGAUGUCGUCAUCUUCGACUUCAGCGAGCGUGGCGGUGGACAAGGCGACGAGCGAUCUUCUGCUUGGUCCUGAUUGGACGACGAACAUGGAAAUCUGCGAUUCCGUCAAUUCGCAUCACUGGCAAGCCAAAGACGUUGUAAAAGCUGUGAAAAGAAGGCUGCAGCAUAAGAGCCCUAGAGUUCAACUACUUGCUUUGACGCUUUUGGAGACGUUGAUGAAGAACUGUGGAGAUUAUUUGCAUUUUCACAUUGUUGAGAAAAAUAUACUGGGGGAAAUGGUCAAGAUCGUGAAGAAGAAGGCAGAUAUGCAAGUAAGGGACAAAGUCUUGGGUUUAAUGGACUCUUGGCAGGGGGCAUUUGGGGGUGCCGGGGGAAAAUACCCGCAGUAUUACUGGGCCUACGACGAGUUAAGGCGGUCUGGAGUUGAAUUCCCUCGACGUUCAGUAGACGCAGCCCCUGUAAUCACACCACCAGCGACUCGUCCGACGCUAAGACAGCCUCAUGUAGGUUAUGGAAUACCUCAUGUCGGUUAUGGAAUGCCCAGCGGUUCUUCGAGAAGGCUGGACGAAGCCAUGGCAACUGAGAUUGAGGGCUUAAGCUUGUCGAGUCUCGAGGCUAUGAGGGAAGUGAUGGAUCUCUUGAGCGACAUGCUACAAGCUGUGGAUCCUGGUGACCGUGGGGCUGUGAGAGAUGAAGUCAUUGUCGACUUGGUAGAACAGUGUCGGUCCAAUCAGAAAAAGCUGAUGCAGAUGUUAACCACCACUGGGGAUGAAGAACUUUUAGCUAAGGGCCUUGAAAUAAACGACAGUCUACAGACUCUGUUGGCAAAACACGACGCAAUCGCGUCUGGUUCUCCUCUCGCAAUCCAGGCUUCAAAACCCGUUGAUCUCGAUCCAAUCCCGAAAUCUUCUUCUGAAGCUAAAGAUUCUAGUUCUAGUUCCCCUGUGACCGCCUCCGUUUCUUUGGGGAAAAGCCCAAUCGAUGAGGAGGACGAAGAGGAAGAUGAAUUCGCACAAUUAGCUCGGAGGCAUUCAAAACCGGCAACUCUGCCUACAGAUGGAAAUGGUCUCAAGUCUGAGAAACCGUCAAGCGUGGAUGACGCUGCUGCUACGUGCAAUGCUCUGGCUCUUCCUGACCCGCCUGCACCUGUGAACACUUCCAAAGAACAAGAUAUAAUAGACCUGCUAAGUCUCACCCUUUCAACCCCGUCGACUCCUCCCGUCUCCGAUCAGAACACCCGUAUCCAUCCACAGGCUUCGGAACAUUAUCCUGAAAACCAAUGGCAGUUACCCUUUAACAGCUAUGUCGCUCCUUGGGCCCGUCCACAACAGCCAUCUCAUAUUCAAGGGCCACUACCUCCCCAGUUGCAGCCACAACCUCAAGCACGGCCACAGUAUGCUCAGUACCAAUACGGGUAUCCGCCACCGCCAUGGGAGAACAGUUCCACAUCCUCCAGCAACAUGUACUCGACUCCUCGGUCUAAUGCGACCACACCUUUUGCAUCAGCAGCUGCUCCAGACUUACCCGGGAGAUCCCUGCAAUACUCCAACUCGUUCCCUGCAAGGCUCAACAACAACAACAACGGAGAAUCCAUGGUUGCUUCCGGACAGAAACCCUUUGUUCCUUCGUACAGAUUGUUCGAAGAUCUGAAUGUGUUUGGGAAUAAUAAGACCGGAAACGGAGGAGCAGCUGCUGCUCCCAGCUUGUCUGGGUCUCAGACACAACAACAGGGUAUGUCUGCUGGUGGUGGUGGAAGAAAAUAACGAAAACAAUGUCCCUACUCUUCUGUCCGCUACUGAUUGAUGAUUACAUAUGCCCCUUGUACAUUUAUAUACGGCAAUUGUCUGUUUGGUUAAGGGUCUCUCUUAUUUGGUUUUUCACUGAACGAAUGAUGAGACCAUGACUUUUUUUUUGUCCUUCGAUACCUUGCUUACAACAUUGAAUUUGUUUGCUU